GCCCUCACCCUAGGAGAGUAGAUUCAGGCCGCUCUAGCCCGCUCCUUAAUUGUCUAUGGAUAAAAGAGGAAUGACGGAAGCCGCCGAAGUUGGUAGUCUCGCUCACGCCUCUCAGUGGUUCAAAGGAAGAAGCCGGGCGUGGUGACUCAUGCAUGUAAUCCCGGCACUCGGGAGGCUGAGGCUGGACGAUGGCGAGAUCCAGGCCAGCCUUGGAUUACAUAGUGAGACACCGUCUCCAAAAAAAUAAGCAAAUAAAAGGAAGCCCGACAGCCAGGAACGAGGACACAGCGGCUCUCCCACCUAGCUGCUGUCGAUCCCUACGCCGCCGAGAUGGCAGCUGCCGGCGCCCGAGGCCUGCGGGCCACCUACCACCGACUCAUGGAUAAAGUGGAGAUGUUGCUGCCGGAGAAAUUGAGGCCGCUAUACAACCACCCGGCAGGCCCCAGAACAGUUUUUUUCUGGGCUCCAAUAAUGAAAUGGGGAUUGGUGUGUGCAGGGUUAGCUGACAUGGCCAGACCUGCAGAGAAACUCAGCACAGCUCAAUCCACUGUACUGAUGGCUACAGGGUUUAUUUGGUCAAGGUACUCACUUGUAAUUAUACCAAAAAAUUGGAGUUUGUUCGCUGUUAAUUUCUUUGUGGGGUCAGCAGGAGCCUCUCAGCUGUUUCGUAUUUGGAGAUAUAAUCAAGAACUCAAAGCUAAAGGAAUCAAGAGUUCCUGAUCACCUGAACAAUCCAGAUGUGGACAGAAACAUUGGAACCUAGUUUAUUUAAUUAUAGAUAAGGUGAUACUAACUGUUCUGAUAACGUCUGAAAAGAAUGAAAAAGAAACCUAACUGUAAUAAAUAACUAGCACUUGACUCCACAGAAAAAUAAAGCAAACUUUUAAUAACAGUCUCUCUACAUAUGACUCCAGGAACUUACCUAUGGGUAGCACUAGCCUUGUUUUCUACCACUUGUCCAUAAUAAAUCUCACUUGAUCACA